CCUAACUGUCAACAACUGCUUUUAAAAUUAUUAUUAUUAUUCCUUUGCCAGGCUAGAAGUUCAAUAUGAGUGGCUCAGAAUCCGCUGGAGGAGAGGGCACGUCGGCGGAAGGUGAGGGGGUGGCUGCCGCCCCAGUUCCCGAUACCACGCCUCAUGGCGUGGACGCCACAACUUCCGGUGCCCGGAUGAUGAUGCAACACCCAUGGUUGGCGGCAGCCGCAGUCGCCGUCUACGCCACCAAAGUCAUGUGGGUCAAGUUUCGUGCGCUCGGCUUGGCCAAUCAGUUGGGGCGACUCCAGAAGCAAAGAGUUAGGAAGUCCGAUCCCUGGCAGGACAACGCGGAAAACGAUUCUGGUUCCGAGGCAGAGACGGAUUCCGAUUGCGAGGAAGGCGAUUCAGAUGAGGUUACAGAUAAUGUGGAACUGGGCUUGAAACUAUCAGUGAAUCGGGAUAAUGAUCGACUAGUCAAUGUGCCGCCCGCCAACUUAUCAAAUGGAAUAUGCUGAUAGAGUUAGUGUAUCACCAAAUUGCAUUAUCAGUUAUAAAACGUUUUCUGCAGUCACAAGUGCUUAGCUGGUUUAAAG